AUGACCCCGAUUUUUCGCCUCCUUCUGCUUCUCGGCGUCCUACUCAACUUUGCGAAUGCAGCCCUUUUCAAAACCAAAGAGAUCCCGAUUCCCGGAAAUAUUGGUGACUAUUAUCUGAUCUCAGCCAAUGCAGAAGAUCCAUUUCAAAGUCUUGAAAUAAACUUGGUUUGUUCGGAUUUGAAUAAAAUCGUCUUCUCGGCAAAGAUUCAAUCGUGCGUGCCAGAGGUAGAUUUCGAGGAAUGGUGGCACUUCCACUACAAUUGUGAUCUCAGCGUUUCCUCGGAUGAUUGGGACGGGACGGCAAGUCGACGAAACGUGCUCAGAGCUGAUCCCACUUUUUCCUAUCGACGACAAUUUUUCCUCUCGAUUAGUUCCGAGGACGGGAAAUACAUUUUGUGGAACGGAGAUCGGAGGAAACCGUUUAAGAAAGAUUUCCUGCAACGGUACUUUAGUAAAGCCGAGUUGUUGUCGAGUGAGGGAGUUUGUCGACCGGAUCGACUCGUUGUUAGAGGAACCGUUUGGAAUGUACAAUUCUUGUAUGUGCCUGGUCCUGAAACAACGACCACCACUACAACAAUGUCCACAACAGAGACAACAACAACGAUAUUGUUUGAGGAAACGACAAUAGAGAAAACGGACGAGAAUCUCAAGGAGGGAAGUGGCAUUCAGCCACAAGUUUCUUUCGAUGCGCAAAUCGCUAGCAAUGAGGGCACAGAUCAAAUGCUGCCCAUUGAUGUGAAUCCAUUUGUGCCACCAACGGACAUUCAAAUGGAUGGUCAACCGCCAACCGAUCUCGGAGUGAUUCUUGAUUUAAGCACCCAACAACCGGCUAUGGUUCAAGCUGAGAACAUGUUUGGUGAGGCUGUAAUGCAGAGUACGCCGAAAAGCGAGCUCGUUGAGGAGGAAAAGCUGGAAAAUGUUGAUGCAACGACAUCGACAUUGCCAGAGAGCACAGAAAUGGGAAAGCUUUUGAAUGGAGGAUCGGAGGGUUUCCUUGUUCCGGAAAUGUUCCCAAUUCAUACGGAAACGAGUGAACCUUCAACCGAGCCGUCUCCCAUAAUUCCGGAUUCGCGU